CACACACACACACACACAUAAACACACACACACAUGACUUGCCACCCCUCCCCAAGUUUUGAAAACCCGCUGAUUCACCAGAGCCGUGACUUCAGAUUCCUUCUGGGUGAGGUCUGGCACAAGUCAUUGGGCAGCGGAGAGGGUGGGGAGGAGAGCAGACAAAACAUUGUGCGUGCCCUAUUAAGAGUACUGCCAAGAGCCUGAGAGGAAAACGAAAGCGACUCUAAAAGAAUGGAGAAGAUGAAUGGAGUGGAGAGAACCAGUGGCAACAGCUAUGAGCCCAUGGCCCCGAUGCCAGACGACCCCCUCGAGUGUUUCAUCUGUCGGGAGCGAGGGGUGACAGACUGCGACUCCUUGCUGCAGUAUUGUGACUGCAAGAGUUUGGUUGCUCAUCACAAGUGUUUGCUGACCUGGAUACAAAAGGGCCAUUGGAAAGAAGACAAACCCAUCUGUAGAGUGUGCAUGGUUGAGUACCAUUUACAGAACGGCUCGCCGUGGAGGCUGGUUGCUGUUCGUUGGCAGAACUGGUUGACGCUCUCGGUCAUCCUGGGACUCAUGGCCAUCAUGCCCAUCAUCGUCUACAAGAUGAUGACGGCCUUCAAAGACCCACCGCCUCAUCUCCUUUUCAGAGCCGCCUCUGUUUGCUUCGGGUUGCUAUCAGAAACCUUGCUGAUCAAGCUCCUCAUCGACUGCUGCUCCGGCAGAUACAGACGAGCCAAGAUGUCCUCCAUCUCCAUCAGGGGGCGGAGUUUGGAGGAAGGCGGCGGCGGCGGCGUGAAUUUCCUGCGCCCGGCCGGUCAGAGUGCGACGGCAGACGGGAUGGGAUCGGACAAGACCCUGGGUCUGGACCCCUACGUCUGAGGAGGAGCAUGUAGGAAGGACCUGUAGGUGCCUGGAACCCCAGGCAAGGCCAAAGGCCAAGGAUGCCAGCCACCCCCUUCUACUGUGCAAAGGGCAACACAGACUCGCCCUUGGCGACUCCCUUCUGCUUCUGGGUUUGGGUGGAAGGGCUGAAGGAAGGGUCUCGACCCAAAAACGUCGCCCGUUCCUUCCCGCCAGAGACGCUGCCUUGUCCCGCUGAGUCGCCCCAGCUUUUUGUGUCUAUCUUCUUCGACGGAAGGGAGGAACUGUUCAUAAGAUGGACUGGGGAAAGAGAAGACUUUGGUCCAGUCCUUUCAACCUCUGCAGUUCCCGCCCGUCCCCCGCUCCGCAAGGGAAAAGGAAGCAAGCAAAUACCUGGCAGAGAAAUAAGUAUCAGAGGAUUAGAAAUGACAGCGGCACAAGACUGAAGUCUGAAGAAGGGUUUCGGCCCGAAACGUCGCCUAUUUCCUUCUGCUGCAUAGAUGCUGCUGCACCCUCUGAGUUUCUCCAGCAUUUUUGUUUCCCUGCGGAGCAAGACUCCUUGGGCAAAAUGGGCGACAACGAUUAUGAGUCGACGAGAACCUGUCCAAGCUUGCUCAGCUAUCUCCGCAGGAUAACUUAUCCUUGUGAGGGCCAAAGAAAAUAUUGAAGAACAAAUCUGCAAUAACACAAGAAAAUGAUGUGGCUCUUAAACUCGGGGCUGAGUUGUCACGCACUCCCAGGCUUGGUUAAUGAGUUAAGCUUUCAAUGCAUCAUCUCUCAAUUAACUGUUUCUUCGCUUCUGAAUGAAUAUGUCAGCAACCUUUGCACACCAGUGGCCUGUGGACUGUGGACUGUACAGCAAGGCUAAAAAUUAACUUUCUGAAUGCACUUUUUUUUUGUAAAACGUUACUCAGUUCACUUCUAAGAAGCACUUUUCAGGUGACAAAGAUUGUUACCCUGCCUGUCGGCUCCGCACUAACACUACAUAAAGGGU